AUGGCCGAGCCGGGGCCGGAGCCGGGGCGCGCCAGGCGAGUGUUCGCCCUGUGCGGGGCCGCGGUGUUCCUGGCAGCGGUGGCGGCUGGAGCAGCCCUGCUGGCCUGGAAUCUGGCCGCCUCGGCCUCCCGGAGGCCUCGCUGCCCAGAGCCAGGGGCCAACACCACGGCGCCGCCUGGAGACCUGGUGCCCGAGGUCGAGGAACUUCGGCGCCGGCUGGCAGAGGCUGCUCAGCUCGAGGAGGCCCUGACCAGGCAGCUGAACCAGGCCGAGGGUGUCCGACAGGAGCUGGAGGAGGCCCUAAGGGCCUGUGAGGGCCGCCAGAGUCGGCUUCAGACCCAACUGAUGACACUGAAGACUGAGAUGGACGAGGCCAAGGCUCAGGGGACCCAGAUGGGGGCUGAGAACGGGGCGCUGACAGAAGCCCUGGCGCGCUGGGAGGCGGCGGCCACGGAGUCUGCGCAGCGGCUGGCCGCGGUGCAGCGGCGCGCGAGCGCGGCGGAGGCCGAGGGUGAAGCCUGCGCAGCCCGGGAGGCGGCGCUGCGCGAGCACGUUUACACCCUGGAAGCCCAGGCCGGUCCCCAGCGCAGAGUGCCACACCCCCGGACCCGCUCCGGGUCCCGACCUCGGCCCAGCCCCCGCUCGCGCUCUCGCCCGGGAACCUCCGGGGGUUGCAGGCGACCAGCGCGGCGCGCACGAGGGUGAGUCAGACCCCAGCUGGAUCAGGGCUCGAGGCCAGGAGGACAGACACUGGGGGCCCUGCUGGGACACUUACAGAGGUACCCACGCUGGAUGAGAUGCUCAGUCGACACCCAUCAACGCCCAGCUUUCGACCGACAGCCGCCCUGAACGGAAACUGUGCAGAAAGAAGACCCGACCCUCUCUCCUUGACCAUCUAGUGCUAAUUUUGCAGAUGGGGAAAUUGAGGUCCAUUUGGUCACAAGGUGAGAUAGUGCAGAGCUGGGACUUAAGUCCCCUCUAAGGACAAGGACAGUGCUGCCCUCAUCCCACAGACGUGAGGACUUAGGGUCCAGCCCUGACCUGGGAGUGACCUGAAGGGGUUACUUCUCCUCUCUGGUCCUCAGUUUACCUUGCCUGUAAAAUGAGUGAUCGGAAUGGUGAGAGCCAGCAUAUCCUUGACACCAAAAGCUGACAAAAAUGGCACAACAGGAAAACUACAGACCCCUCUCCCUAUGAAGAGGGUACAAAACUCCCAAAUGGAAUUUUAGCAGAAAACCAAAUAACACAUUUUUAAGAUACACCAUAACAAAGUGACUUAUGCCUGAGGUGCAGAGAUGGUUCAAUAUUUGGAAGUCUGUUAAUAAAAUUCACCAUACUAAUGGAUCAAAUGAGAAAAAUUCUGAAAAGAUCAU